UUACUCUCUGAGCCACUGAGCCCACCAAACCCAUACAGACCUUGUUGAGCCCCCGUCGGAACCCACAGUCCUCCGCAGACUUGUUCAGGCCGUCUUCAGCACCAUGGCCAGCGUCAGCACGUUUUUUCUCGCCGCCACCUGUUGUGUCUAUUUAUGCCUUGCAUACGGGGAGGAAUCGUUUGAGACCCGUUCUUUGGAGUUCCCGCCAAAGACUCAAGAAGAAAAGGAUCUGAUUGAAGCUUUGCAAGAAGUCCUGGAAAAACUGAAAAACAAACAAAUGCCAUCAUCGGAGAAAAAACUAGGAUGGCUUCCUUCGUGUGACGCGGGCGAACAGUGCGCCGUGCGUAAAGGCGCAAGAGUUGGAACGCUCUGCGGCUGUCCUCGAGGAACGUCUUGCAACUUCUACGUCCUCAAGUGUUUGUGAAAGAUUGAAUAACAGAAAUGUAACUAGCCUUCACACAAAUUGAGUAAACAGUUGAUGAUGGAAAUUAUUGUAUUAAUAUUGUGUUCCCUUAUACUCUGCUAUAUUUCCAUUUUUGACAGAAUUGACCAAAACAAAUUCAAUGGGAUUAAUAAAGUAUGACUUUAUAA